UCAUUCUGUCUCUUUAUCUCGUUUCCAGUUAUUCUUAGCCGUCUUUUACUUGCUGUUCUUUGUCUCACUGCAUUGUCAGCGAAAGCAACAUUUUUGUUGCAGCCAUGAAUCAAAAGGUUGUUCUGAUCACUGGUUGUUCUUCUGGCAUUGGAUUGGCACUUGCUGUUCGUAUUGCCAGAGAUGAGAAGAAGAGGUUUAUGGUGUAUGCCACCAUGAGGAACCUGGCUAAAGGAGAAGCUUUGGUGGAGGCAGCGGGUCGUACUUUGGGACGCACACUGGAGAUCAAGCAGCUCGACGUGUGUGACGAGAACUCUAUCAAAGCCUGUGUCAACAGCCUGCCCAUGCGUAGAGUCGACAUUCUCAUUAGUAAUGCUGGAAUGGGAAUAAUCGGCCCCAUUGAGUGCCAGACUAUUGAUGAGAUGAAAACUGUCAUGGACACCAACUUUUUUGGGCUUGUGCGACUCAUGAAGGAGGUUUUGCCUGAUAUGAAGAAGAGAAAAAGUGGCCACAUAGUGGUCAUCAGCAGUGUCAUGGGAAUUCAGGGUAUUUUGUUUAAUGACAUUUAUGCUGCUUCCAAGUUUGCUGUUGAAGGGUUCUGUGAGAGUCUGGCAGUUCAAGCUCUGAGAUUCAAUCUAAAUAUCAGCCUGAUUGAACCAGGACCUGUCGUCACAGAGUUUGAGCGUAAGGUGUAUGAGGAAGGCUUGAAGAUAGACCUCUCCAAAGCUGAUAAAGUGACUGCAGAUAUGUUCCAAAACAUCUACUUGAAGAAUUACAGUCAGAUAUUUGAGAGUCUUGGACAAACACCAGAGGUUGUAGCAGAGCACACAUUCAAAAUUAUUACCAUGGAGAACCCACCAUUUCGCCAUCAGACUAACACUCUGUACACACCCAUGACCACCCUGAAAUAUGCAGAUCCAAACGGUGACCUUCCCAUUGAAACCUUCUACAAGAUGGUGUUUGAACACGACAAGGUGUUCAAUGCAAGUCUCAAUUUCCUCAAGCUUCUGCGCUGGAGAAGCCGUAAGAGCUUCACUUUGGAAAAAUAAAAGACUGUCUCUUGAUUUACAACUGAGGAAUACAAAAAGCGGUUCAUCUUAAAGAGGCAAUAAACAUGAGAAAUGCUAGUAAUACAAAGUUUCAGUCAUCGCUUAGGAUUGUACAAGCUAGAAUAGGAGGGAUUAAGAAAUAGCAAGAGCAAAGGAAUAUAGUGAAAUUGAUAGUGAAAUAGAAUUCAUUUAUUUAUUUUUAGCUGGCUGCAGUUAAGGGAGUGAAGGCCCUGAUCUUCCUGAUGUUGUACAUUGCAAACCUGCAUGAUUAUGCUGUUGCAGCAAUGUGGUCUUUGAAGGUCAGCUGGUCAUCAAAAAUGACCCCAAGAUUCCUUGCUGA